AUGUUUUGGUAUAACCUUUGCAGAGACGUUGUUGACAGCAGUUUUGCUGUGACCAAGGUGCUGUCCGCCUGUCAGCUGCGCCGCCAUGACUGUGUGGCUCGCUUCAGUGUAUUGAGGGACCAGCAGAUAGAGAUGCACCAUGGUCUCCGCCAGCGUAGAGGGGCCUCUGCUGUGUCGCGCCUGACUGCCUCGGCAGCCGCAGGAGCUGUGGAGCCAGCGCCUCAGACCAAACAAAUGGAAGCAGCAGAUGCUGCACCCACUUGGCAAAUUCGCCUGCUCUAUGAUAGCGAAUGCCCCUUGUGCAUGAAGGAAGUGGCCAUGUUGAUGAGCAGGGAUGACGGGAAGGGCAAGAUCGACUUUGUGGACAUCUGUUCACCUUCAUACGACGCGGCGGAAAAUGGGGGUGUCACUUUUGAGACAGCCAUGAGGCGCAUCCACGGCGUCCUGCCGGACGGCUCGGUCGUCAGCAACGUCGAGGUCUUUCGCCGCUGCUACGAGGCUGUGGGCCUGGGCUGGCUGUACGAAUUUACCAAGUACUACCCCUUUGGCCCCAUGGCCAACGCGGUGUACGAGCUCUGGGCUGCCAACCGCCUGCGGGUCACUGGCCGGCCAGACCUGGCAACCAUUCUCGAGGAGCGCAGGGGGACUCCACAGGGCGCCAACUGCGACGAAGACUCUUGCGAGAUCGAAUUCCCACCGAAGAGAAAGUGA